CAACAAAGAUAAAAAAUUGUCGAUACAAGCUUCGGAUUUAUGUCUGCGUAGACCAACGUGGAGAAUGACAACUUUAUGUCUCGAGGAUAGUGUCUUUAAUCUCUAACUGUAUGGAACCUUGGAGCCUGGCAAAAUGGAUGGAAUAGGAUCAAUUCGGCACGUGCGAUCAGCCGGCCGCAUGGGUCAGCGGACCUAUUCAGCAACAACUGUUAGUUCAACAGACGACAACAUCUCUGUAAGUUCGGGUUACAGUUCAAGACGCUCUCAUGGAUCGAAGACUGGUGCUGACUACUGGUCCAUCCGGGCAGCCGCCGGGAUUUCUCGGAUGAAGAACGCUCGUGGACUUCGGAGAGGUUCCAUAUUUCCAAGUGAUAACAAUGGAUCUUCAGAAACGUCGUCUGCGAAGGGACAUCGUUUGAGCAUUUACUCUUUGAGUGAACUUGCUGAAGUAGGGAUCAAAAUGCGCAGACGUCGACGCAGUACCAUGGACUCAUGGGGAAAGAACAGGACUCCGGGAGAAACGAAAUACUUUGAUAAGCUUUUGCCUCCAUUGGAGUUAUUUCGUCGAGCAGUGAAACUUGUCCAGAUGUCCGCAUCACUUUGCCAAUACAAGUAUGAAAAGGACACUGAGGAAGAAACCCAGAUGACCCACACUGUUUUCACACAGUACAUUACUGAACAAGAAAAUCAAAUGGAAGCGGAACUUGCUUUUGAUGCUUCAUUUUUCAAAGCCAAUAGAAAGAUGCGAGUUGCCGCUGAGGUGAAGUUAAUUUUAUCAAUUCACCCAGAACAGAGGACGGAACAACAACUAGCAAAGGUGCUCUUCUCCUUGCGAUCAAUUCGAUCGUUUGCAGAAUAUCCUCAGAGAAUUCAGCAGAAGCUCGUUAAAGUUGGUUGGUUUGAAACGCACAAGACAAAGAGAGCCAUUUUAAGACAGGGUCACAUCCCACAAGCUUUCUACUUUGUUCUCUCUGGCUCAGCUGUAGUUACAGUACUGGGAGAAAAUGAGAGCUUUGCAAGAACUGUUCAUUUCCUAAGACGUGGUGAUAGUUUCGGGGAGUUGGCUAUUCUACACGACACUAGACGCCAGUCCACCGUAAUUUCGCGGGAAGCUAUUGAACUGUUGGUGAUUUCUAAAGAGGAUUUCGUGGACAUCUUCAUGUUAGCGGGUGGAAUUAAGAACAUAAACGACCCUGAUCAUCAGAAGUUUAUCAAGAGCAUAGACUUCUUGAAGGGGUGGCCUGUGGAACUUAUGGCUUCUAAUCCAAAAAAAUGCCUUUUUCACUUUUUCAGGAGUGGCUCUGUUCUUGCAAGAGAUAGCAAUCACUCGGACUGGAUAUACAUUAUAAAAUCGGGAAGCUGUCAGGUGUUGAAGAAACUGAGAGAAGUCAAAUCCUGUCUGACUCAGCACAACGACAGGGUUGUUGGAUUCGAAAACGUCAAGAGCCAGGUUCCUAAGGCCUCAUCACGUGACAAGUUACAACGUGUCAAAGCAAAGCUGUCAGUGGUUACACUCUUAUUACCCAAGAUGCAUCUCAGGUCUGGUAUCAUAACACACGAAAGCGACGACGAUAAUGAUUCAGGAAACGAGGAAAAAGCAGCUGAUGUAUUAGCCAUCGAUAAAGUAGCCGCUGCUCAGAAAUUAUUUGCAACAGGCGGUAACGUUAACAGCAACCGAAAUUCUCCCGUAGAAAAAUCGAUCAAGUUCGUAGGUUUUCGGGAAGCGUCGCCUCCGAUCUCUAGAAGAAAAGGGGUUGUUAGUGCCCCUAAGACUUCCCUUAUUAUUUCUACUGAUGAACAAUCAAACAAUCUAAAAAAUAUUAUUGAGUUGGAAAGAAAACUUUCAAGUGAACCUAGAAUAGUUCAGAGAACUCCAAGUGAAACAAACUUUGUAGAUGACGUGCAAUCGAGGAAACUGUCAAAUACUACCAGGGUAUUACCUAGACGACUGCAGAAACGCACGACUCCUGAUUACAGAGGCAACAACAUGCUUCCUUUACCAACAGUGGAAGAAGAAAACUUUCCUUCAUCUUCGACAUCACCAAUUCCUCGCUGUCAAAGAAUCAGUUUGCAAGUUGACGCGGGUGAUUACGAGCAGAGACCUAGAACCGACUCUAACACACGACCCAGGACUCUCCCCAGCCCCUCGAGACGUACGAGUAGAGUGAGAAAAUCUACUGUGACUCCUCCCUCAGAAGAGCUGUCUGAAGAGGAAAAGAAACUACCAUUGCACAAAAUUUCUGUCAUCGACGAAGGUGAACAAAGGCCGACUGAAGUUCGUAUCACUGAGGCAGAUCUGCAUCCAAUGUUUGUUCAAGUUGCUCUUCUUUCAAAGGGAGAUUGUUUUGGUGUGUCUUCAAUGGUGUUUGACGAGCAGCCUAGUCUUAGUCUGGUCAGCAAUGGGGCAGAGUGCAUCAUGAUCUCCAAGAAAUUUUACCUCGCCCAUUGCACCGACGCCAUGAAAAGAAGACUCCUUGUUACGGAAACACCUUACCCUAACGAUGAAUCACUGCAAAAGAGUCUACAAGACAAAGUAAACUGGGACGCAUACCGUCGGAAAACGCUCAAGUCUCUCGUUCGUGAACUGCCCAGAAAACAAAGGAGAGUGGACGAUCUAUUGGUGCACAGGAGAACCAAGCGAGACAUGUCUCUUGGGGAGGACUUGAAAGAAGCCCUUCGAAAAAUCCAAAGGAAAGAUGACGACACCUGCUGACGUCAUGCAAGAGGAAAGGGUCUAAGAACGAUAUUUCGGGAAUUGGCAAACAUUGGAAAAACAAAUGAGCAUUUGGGGUAUAAUUGAUUCUGGAGCUAUUUAAUUUGCCAAUUUAUUUGAGAAGUAAAUUGUGUUUCUCCUUAGCAAGAUUGUUAUUGUUGGUGUUGUAACAGUUGUUGUUCUCUUCUACUUGGACUGGACCUUUUAUCCUACAGUAACAUACAUAGCUAGUUUCUUCUCCUUAGGUAUGUUUGUGACAUGUGAGUGACCACUAAAGCAGCUAUAUAAUUGUUAAAGGGAAAUCUGUUCAGCCAACCCCCUCCCCACCCCCCACAUCCUCUAAUCUCUUUCCCUUCCUCAUUCGUUUUAUUUAUCGGCCCCAGUGUACUGUUUCUCACUUUCUGACCGUAAAGGGUUUACCUGUAGCGAAAUUUGAUCGGGAAAACACAUCCGGUCAAUUAGUGGAGACAAGAUGUAUGCAGCUCUCUUAUGUUGCGGACUGUUUCAUCUACUUUCUUUGGUGCUAAUAAAACUUUUGAGACUAACUGGGAAGAGAGGAUUAGGUAGGGAAACCUCCACAGUCAGGUUAACUUAGUACUCUUAUCAGG